ACGGCGGGGUGCCUCGGUGCUUACUGGGUGAUCCCCGCACCUCCUGCGGGCUAUCACCAGGCCAUGUAGAUGCCCAUGUCCCCGCAGCCUGGGUGGCUACGCAGUGCCGUGUCCGUCCCCGCCGCAGGGCCCCGAGGAGCGCACGGGGCUAUUUUUGGGCCGUGGCGUGGCAGCCGAUCAGCAGUGCCAGGGGGCCUCACGUCACAGGGUCCUGCCGCCUCGGCAUCGCUCUCAUUCCUGCCGGCACACGGUGAGCAGCAGCACAGCUCGGCUCGGAUCCCCCGACUUACAGACAGGGAGAGAUGGCGGGUGGCAUUUUCUCCCCACUGGGGAGCUGCUCGGAGCUGGAGAAGGCCAACUGCCACCCGCUGGUGUGCCUGCUCUGCCAUGAGCCCUACCAGCACCCCUGCCUGCUCGACUGCUACCACAACUUCUGCGCCAGCUGCCUGCGAGGCCGUGCCAGCGACGGUCGCCUGCGUUGCCCACUCUGCGGGCACCCCUCAGUGGUGAGGGGAGGCACGGGGCUGCCCCCCGUGGACCGGCUCCUGCAGUUCCUGGUGGACAGCUCAGCCGACAGCGAGGAGGACGUGCAGUGUGCCAACUGCGACCGGUGCUGCACCAAGGCGGAGCUGGACACCAUGUACUUCUGCAACACCUGUGGGCAGCCCCUCUGUGCCCCAUGCCGUGAGGAGACCCACCGUGCCAGGAUGUUCACCCGCCACGAGAUCGUCUCCCUCUCCAAGCGCACCAAAGACAUCCACAAGAAGUGCCCACUGCACGAGGAGCCCUACAUCAUGUUCUCCACCGAGAAGAAGUCCAUGCUCUGCAUCAACUGCUUCAGGGACAUGCAGGGGGAGAGCCGGGCACACUGCAUCGACAUUGAGACGGCGUACAUGCAGGGCUGCCAGCGGCUGGACCAGGCAGUGAUGGCUGUGAAGGAACUGCAGACCUCCACGCGUGAGGCCAUUGUCCUGCUCAAGGCCAUGAUCGAGGAGGUUCGUAACAGUGCCAGCGAGGAGGAGGCGGCCAUCAACUCUCUCUUCAGCCGCAUGCAGGAGCAGCUCUCUGAGAGGAAAAAGACGCUCCUGAAAGCUGUGCAGAGCCAGCACGAGGAAAAAGAGAAGGCAUUCAAGGAGCAGCUCGCCCACCUUGCCUCCCUGCUGCCCACCCUGCAGGUCCACCUGGUGACCUGCUCGGCCUUCCUGAGCUCUGCCAACAAAGCCGAAUUCCUGGACCUGGGCUAUCAACUGAUGGAGAGGCUGCAGAGGAUCGUCAAGCUGCCACACCGCCUGCGGCCGGCCCAGACCAGCAAGAUCAACAGCGAGUACCGGGCAGAGUUCGCCCGCUGCCUGGAGCCCCUCCUGAUGCUCAGCCCCCGCCGCUCCGUGGUGGGCAGCGCUGGUGGCAUCGGUCCUGGCAUCACUGGCACAAACAUGCUCCCCGGUGGCCAAUGCUCCAAGACCCUCAUGGUGCCCAGCUGCCCCCCCACCAGUGACAAAAUGUCCACCGGCCCCAUGGUGAAGAAGCCAACGAUGCACCGGUACAUCAGCACCAAGGUGCUGCUGGCUGAGGGACAAGAGACCCCCUUUGCUGAGCACUGCCGCAACUACGAGAACACCUACCGGAUGCUGCAGACGGAGAUCCAGGGCCUGAAGGACCAGGUGCAGGAGCUGCACCGUGACCUCACCAAGCACCACUCUCUCAUCAAGUCAGAGAUCAUGAGCGAGAUCCUGCAGAAGUCGCUGCAGAUGGACGUGCAGAUCGCAGCUCACUACUCCGCCGUGGAGAUGAUGCGCAGCGUCUUUGAGGAGGUUUGGGAGGAGACCUACCAGCGGGUAGCAAAUGAGCAGGAGAUCUAUGAAGCCCAGCUCCAUGACUUGCUGCAGCUGCGGCAGGAGAACAGCUGCCUGAGCACCAUCACCAAGCAGAUCGCGCCCUACGUCCGCUCCAUCGCCAAAGUCAAGGAGCGGCUGGAGCCCAGGCUGCAGGAGCCCCAGGAGCCCAGAGAAGAGCAGGCCCAGAUGCUGCUCAAGAUCUGUGACAAUGAGGAAGUGGUGCCAAGGGAUGCCUCACCUGGCAGCAACAAGGGGGCUUCAGCCAGCCCCGGGGAGGGCUUCAUACCCAGGGACACCCCUGGAGACCCCUCCCCAAAAAACAAAGACUGCUGCAGAGGCCAGCAGAAGAGCGGAGCAGAGACUGCUACCCCGAAAGAGCCGGUACUGUAGCGCCCAGUGCUGGGCACGUGGCAGAGCUGCUGGGCAGAACCAUGCCCCAGCCACUGACCAGCUCCUCUUGCCCAGUGCCACAAGCCAGGGCAGGAAAUGGCCCAGGCAGCCAUGUCUGCAGCACAUACAAAGGCCUCAGGUGGACUUGCUUUUGAAAAACUCUGUGCUCUUCCUUGCGUGUGUCAGAGUGAAAUAAAAGGGUGCAGUUGUCCAUGUUGCGUGGUUCUGCAGUGCUGACAAAAGGGAUCUGCUGGCUCAGAGUGUCCAGCUCCUAAAACCACAACAUCGGCAAAUUAUGGGGAAAAAUAACAAUUCCUGGUGUGCAGGGCAGGGCCAGGGGUACACGGAGCAUCCUGUGAAGUUCUGGGCAGCCACGCACCAACGUGGGCCGGGUGGCAGGAAAGCUGCUCUAGAGGAUCCCUGCACAUGUGGGAACUAAGAACUCACCAAUCACUGUGGCACAGAGGGCAGGGUUUCAGAGUUUACUCCAGCUUUUCCCUAAAACUUUACAUGCCUUCCCCACACCCAGUAAGCUGCUGUCUCCUCACAGAGCUUCCGGUCACAGGAUUUGGGAAAAGGUUAAGAGAAGCUGUUGGUCUCAAAAGCUUCAAGAGACACUGAAGGUUUUGCUCAGGUGAAGUUUAUCCCUUUCUUUCGGUGCCAACACAUCCUGCUUGGACAGAGCCUGCACAGCUGGAACCAGCACUUGCAAAAUUAGGAUCAAGGUUAAUUUACUAUGAAGAACAAUCUGGGAAUGAGGCUUUGUUUCUGUUGUCAAACAGCACAUCAAACCCAAGUGACAAUUACUUGUUCCAAAGUUCCUUUGAUCAAGGGCACAGCAGGAAUAUUACUGCCUACAAAAAAAUUGCUUACAGAUUAACCCACUCGAGGCACCACUGGCUGCAACCAGUGCUUUCUGGAGGCAAGAACAGCCCAAAUGGGAGCCUCCGAGUGCCCAGCACAGAUCAGCACUCUCCAACUGGUGAGUUUUCAUCUUUGUUUUUUUCUCCCAAGCCAAAACCCCGCUCAGCAAAGGUCAAGUCAGCAGCAAGGGUAUCAGACAGAUGCUCUGUGAUCAAG